AUGCCUAACCAUCCCGCUAAACCAACUCCUUCUGUUCCCCUUCCACGCCAGUCACUUCGCCCUAAGCAACCUCUUGUAUGGCAUAAAGAUUACCACAUGUCCAACCAAGUCAGUCACUCAACUUCAGUGCUUUGUUCUGCAUCAGGUCACACUGAACCUACAUCAUAUGCUCAGGCUAUCCUUGAUCCAAAUGGCAACAUGCCAUGA